AUGAAAAGACUAAAACUAAGGCUUAAAGAUGCUAAGGCAGACUUUGGUUUAUUUGAGAAGUUUAUCAUUAUUUGGAUAUAUUUUAUUGUCAGUUUAAAUGCCAUCGAUGUAUUAUCCCAGGCCACAUUGAGUUAUUUCAUUUUGCAAGACUUAGAUGAUUAUAACAAAUUGAUGUACCAAAUUAUUUAAUAUCAGAGGUUUUUUUGGUAUCUAAUCCUAGAUUUCUUAAAUGGGUUUACUCUUCUGUAUCUAUUUUAUCAGCAAGGAAUAAAAGUAGCUCCAAGUCGGCUUGACAGAUUAAAAAGGAAUAUGAUUGAUGAUAAUACACAAGCUAUUGGAGCAAGGCCAAACUAUAACACUUAAAAUAUAAAAGACAUACUCGCUAAAGAAGACAGUUCUCUUAACUUAUAUUCUAUAAACACUGAAAACUUCCAAGAAAGUGGAAGUAAAAGUUCUUCAAUUAUAUCAAUUAGGAAACUGACCAAUACUAGUGGGAUUAAUAGCUCUGUAUUUUAGAGCAAUUUCCUUCAGACGUCAUCGAAAGGCUACAGUUUAAAGCGUCGAAAUAACUCUUAAUUUAAAUCUUUUCUCUACGAUUAGAUCUCUUUCAAUUCAUUCGUAGAGUAACUUUGA